AUGAAAAAUAAUUCGCACGACCAUCAACAUCAUCAUCACGAAGGAUGCUCGCACGAUCAUCAUCAUCACCACGAUGAGAAUUGUACUCAUGAUCAUGACCAUCAACAUCAUCAUCAUGAAGGAUGUUCGCAUGAUCAUCAUCACCAUGACGAAAAUUGUUCUCAUGAACAUCAUCAUCAUCACGAUGAGAAUUGUAGUCAUGAUCACGACCAUGACCAUCAUCAUCAUGAAGGUUGCUCCCACGAUCACGGACAUCAUCAUCAUCACCAUCAUGAAGGCUGUAAUCAUGAUCACGAUCAUGGACAUCACCAUCAUGAAAUUCAAAUUUUACCAUACGCCAAUGAAAAGAAUAAUAAGAAACAUGUCAAAACCUUCUCCCCACUCAUGUUGGCAUGUUUACAGAAUGAUACAGCAACAGCAUUGUCGCUUUCAUCACCAGAAACAGUCAAUGAUAGAUCAAUUGAUAAUUUCACUGCUCUUCAUUUUGCCAUGAUGAAUGGUAAUAUCGCUCUAGUAGAAAGAUUAGUAAAGGAUGGUGCUAGACUUGAUAAACGUACUAUUACACAUGAUGGUAUGACUCCUCUCAUAUUUGCUAUCAAGGAAAGCCACUAUGAAUGUGUUAAAAAGUUUUUGGAAUGUGCUAAAUUAAAGUUGGAAGAAAAUAGUGAAUUACAAGAAGGUAAACUCACUAUUCAAAAACUUGUCAACCAAGGAAACUUAUUAGGAGAAACUCCACUUCAUCACGUCUGUAAAUUGUUUAUGCAAAUCCCACAUGCUCUCCAUUUAGCUACCAUUCUUAUCGAUUAUGGAGCAAAUGUAAAUGCCACAGCUGUAGGUCUUUUAAAGGAGACUCCUCUUUUAUAUUUUGCUCGUUCCGUUCCUCCUGAAAGUGUCCUUCCAAUGAUGCAAAAUGUUUCUCCCCACGUUUCUGCCCAAUUUAAGAAAUUUACUCAACUUUUCGAAACUCACAAGGCAACUUGUAUCGAAGAACCAGCACCUGAAACUCCACUCUUACUUUUGGGAACUACUAUACCGAAAGUUAUUGUCCCUCCAGGUGUUCCUUCUCAAUUAUAUGCCAACCAUAGAGAUAGUGCUAACAGAAAGUUGGAAACUGAUUACGGAGGUGCCUAUUGGAGUUAUGGCUGUAUUGAACCAUUCUACCAUGGUAAGAAACCAAGAGUUAACAUGGCUGUUGAUGUCUACAUUCCAUUCACCAAACCACAAAAAGGUCUUACUGCUACCACAUUUAAUGGAUUCAUUCAUACUAUUAAUUAUGCCAAUCCAGAAAAGCCAUCCAGAAGAUAUGAAGAUAUGGUUGAUUUGGAAACUGGUAAGCGUUUGUCAUUUGUUGCUACUUGUACUUUGAAUAUGAAUCAUGAGAAAUUAUCGGAUAUCUUCCCAUCUCAAAUGGAAGUCACUAUUGAAUGGAAUCCAGAACAUAGCAGACAUAAUCCAUGGGUUGUCACCAGAAUUUUCGAACAUUCUGAUGAAAGUAACUCACUUCUUCAAUUGGCUCAAGCUGCUUUUGUUUAUGAACUUGAAAAUGGUAGAUCUGUACUUCCAAACUCAAAGCCACGUCGUUGUACCAUGAUCAAAGGAUUGGAAGAUCAACACGGCUCACAUAACCACAAGAUUCCUGCUCGUCUUCUUCUUGGAGUUGAAAUGUUUAGUCCAUAUAAGUUUGUUGCUUUCAAAUAUGCUCCUGAUGAAUAUGAUAGUGAAGCUGAUGUUCAGCUUACUGAUGAAACUGGUUUCAACAACAUGUUAGGUCAAUUAGUUCAAACAAGUGCCGAAUUAUUGAGACGAGGAAAACCACAAUUGGAUAUCAAAAUUGAUGGAAAACUUUUGAAUGUGAAAGAAAUGAUUGAAAAUCAAUUAAAGAAGAGAAUGGAAAAAACUCUCAAAGCCACCCCACCAGCUGUCCAAGAAAAACCAAAAACUCCAACUGUUGACAAGUGUGCCAACUGCAACAAGACAGGAACCAAGUCAGCACCUUUGAAGAGAUGUUCAGGUUGCCAAAAAGUUUUCUAUUGCUCUGGAAAUUGUCAAAAGACACAUUGGAGCUCCCACAAGACCGCAUGUAAAAAAUCAGUAACCAAAUAAAGAUCCAAAAAAACUUGGAGUCC